UCAAAUGUUUGUGUUUUGCAAGCCGUUGUGGGAGAAUGUAAAUGGAGUUUGUAAACGUGUCAUUUAAUUUCUUCUGAAUAAUUUAUGGCAGUAAAUGAAUUCACCUAGUCUAGUGUCAUGAAAUUUACCAUUUUCGUAAUAUAUUUCAUUUAUUUAACAUUCCAAAUAUCACAAUGUGCGACCAAAACGAACAAGAAAUUAGUUUUAGACAACAUAGCUGACAUAAAAGACUUUAAGAAGUUACUGAGAACCAAAACAAACGUUUUAGUUUGUUUCUUCAAUUCACCAAAGCAGGCUCAAAAUGUUAUCAAGGUGUUUAGGGAUGUUGCCGAUAAUAUUAAGGGUGAAGGGACCAUGGCUCUGGUUGAUUGUUCGGGGGAUGCCAAGAAAAUGUGCAAGAAGCUGAAGAUUCAAAACGAACCGUACGUUGUAAAGCACUAUAAAGAUGGAGAUUUCAACAAAGAUUACGAUAGAAAAAUCACCGUAAGUUCCAUGACUAAUUUCAUGAGGGACCCAACCGGUGAUUUGCCUUGGGAGGAAGACACAAGCGCGACGGAUGUAGUUCACAUCCCCGAUGCUAACACGCUAGCCAAACUCUUGAAAAAGGAGGCCAGGCCCAUCCUUAUCAUGUUCUACGCUCCAUGGUGCGGGUUCUGUAAAUCUUUGAAACCCGAAUACGCCGACGCCGCCUCCGAACUGAAAGACGAAGCCGUCCUGGCCGCUAUCGACGUUAACAGGCCGGAAAAUACCGUCGUUAGGUCGCAUUACAACAUAACCGGCUUUCCCACACUUCUAUACUUUGCGAACGGGCAGAUGAAAUAUGUCUACGAAGGCGAAAACAAGAAAAAUGCAAUUAUUUCCUUCAUGCACAACCCACAAGCGGCCCCGGUGAAGAUAAAGGAGCCCGAAUGGUCGGACACGGACAGCGAGGUCGUCCACCUAACGUUGUCUAGUUUCGAUCCUGUGAUGAAGGAAGAGUCGUCCGUUCUGGUGAUGUUCUACGCUCCGUGGUGUGGUCACUGUAAAAAAAUGAAGCCGGAGUACGAAUCUGCAGCUGCCCAGAUGAAAUCCGAGGGCAUCCAAGGUAUGCUGGCGGCGAUAGACGCGACCAAAGAACAAGCCCUAGCGUCGCGGUACUCCGUCAAAGGUUAUCCCACGGUGAUGUACUUCUCGUACGGCGAGCAGAAGUUCGACGUUAACUUCCGCGAGGCUCUGAAAAUCAUCGAGUUCAUGCGGGACCCCAAAGAACCCCCGCCGCCUCCCCCGCCGGAGAAACCGUGGUCCGACGAGGAGAGCGACGUCGUCCACCUCACCGACGAGAACUUCAAGUCGUUCCUGAAGAAGAAGAAGCACGUGUUGGUGAUUUUUUACGCGCCUUGGUGUGGGCAUUGCAAACGGGCCAAACCGGAAUUCACGGAGGCAGCGGCCAGGUUCCGGGACGAUCCGAAGGUGGAAUUCGCAGCGGUGGACUGCACGAUACACCAGACGGUUUGUACGGCCAACGACGUUAAGGGGUAUCCCACUUUGAAGUACUUCAGUUACUACGUGAAGAUUACGAAGCCGUACAACGGCGGGAGAACGGCGGACGAUUUCGUGCAGUUCAUGUCGAACCCGGAGCUGGUCUCGGGGCCGGCCCCGCCCCCGAAAGAAACGUGGACGGUAGACCCGUCGAUCCUCCACCUGAACGACGACAACUUCAAGCAGCAGGUGAAGAAACGGAAGGUGGUGCUGGUGAUGUUCUACGCGCCGUGGUGCGGCCACUGCAAGAAAAUGAAGCCGGAUUACAUGAUGGCGGCGAAGGAGUUGCACGCCGCCGGCUUCCAGCACUGUAUGGCCAUGGUGGACUGCACGGAGAAUCCCGAAUUGGCGGAGGAGUACCAGAUCUCUGGGUUCCCGACCAUCAAGUUGUACAUCAACGGGAAAUACGUGAAGGAUUAUACGGGGUCGAGGACCGUUCAGGAUCUGAAGAAUUUCGUUCUGCCGUACGUUAAGGGGAAGGACGAGCUAUGAUUCGUAUUUGUUUUGUACAGUUUUAUACUUUUUUAAGAUAAGUUACUUACCCGCGAAGAAUACUCAUUUUUUUUUUUGUACUACACACAGAUCUGUACUUAUUGGUGACUAAUUUAUUAAAAUUCUUACAAUUA